UGGACCUCAGGAUCAUGUGGCUUAUUACACUGAUACGAUUUCAACGAGGCUUAGUUAUUAGUUAAAAUAUAGAAAACGACAUUUAUAUAUAUAUAUAUUCUUAUUUUUAUAGAAAGAAGAAAAACUGUAUAUUUGUUUAAUCUGGUAGCACCAAACUAUCUGCAAACUAUCAUUGUUAACAUUAUUCCUUAUUGUAUUCUAAUUUCAUGAUGAAGAGCACUCUCCAGUCAUGAACAUGCUGUUCAUGACUACUACUACUAUUACAUUACAUUCGACUCAGGCCUGUCCUUUUUUAUUUGAUCAUGUCACAACAACUAUGAAAACAAUUCUCUAACCUCCGGCUAACCUCGACGGGCAAAUCUCCCCGCUGAAAGUAUCGGCUCACUUUAAAACUCUUUCUGGGGGGAGGAUGUCUGUUACGGACGGUCAGUCCAUUAGUGGAACAUCCCGGCUGGCCAUUAUAGGAUUAUGAAUUAUUAAAAACGAGCCCUCAAUCUGUCCCGGGCUGAUGCAGUCUAACAGGAGAACUUUAACAUUGAUCUCCAUUUGGACAUUUCCCACCAGGGAACGGGUUCCAGAAAUAGUUUAUGAAUUAGAAAGAGGGUUCUGGAGAGACUAAGGCAGGUGAUCACUCACACUGUGCCAGCGCUCUGCCCCUCUCGCUGGAGGAAACCCGUUAAUGGAUGUACACAAUCAGAACGAAACACAAGACAUUAAGGCAUUAAAACAUCAAGGGAUAAGUAUACCAUUUUUGUACACUUUGUACACACAGCAUUGUAUUUCAAGAUGUAGGACAUUAUGCAUUUAGUAGACAUUAGUAUUACGCCUGGUCCCAGUCUAUUUGUGUUCAGUCUUGAAGGUUAAUUUUAAGUGCAGCCCUCUCUUUGCAAACCGCAUUAAAUAUUACAUAUAUUUAAAAAUAUUGUCCAUGUCUCUCCCGUACGCUGACUCAGCAUAGUGAGCCAGACAUUGGCACAGGGCUUGUUAGCGCUUCUGGCUAGUUCUGCCGACUCAUGCUCCCCUCUCCUCCACUUCCUCUGCCUCUUCUCUCUCUAGUGCACCACAGACGCUUCCUAUUCCCCCAGCAGAGUCUUCGUCACCACCUCUUCAUCCUCUUCAGCCAAUGGGCCGGCCCGUUCAGCAUCAUGUUCACCCCCCUGGACCGCUACAGCGACAGGAACCACCAAAUCACCAGAUAUCAGUAUUGUGCCCUGAAGGCCAUGUCGGCAGUGCUGUGCUGCGGCCCUGCGUUUGAUAACGUUGGCCUGUCGCCAGACGGCUACCUCUAUAAGUGGAUGGAUAACAUACUGGCCUGCCAGGACCAGCGGGUCCACCAGCUGGGCUGUGAGGUGGUCAUCCUGCUGCUGGAGCUCAACGCCCAGCAGGUGCACCUCUUCAACUGGGCGGUGGACCGCUGCUACAAUGGCUCCUACCAGCUCGCGUCCGGCUGCUUCAAGGCCAUCGCCACCGUGUGUGGCAGCAGGAACUACCCAUGUGACCUGGUGACCCUGCUGAACCUGGUGCUUUUCAAAGCGUCUGACUCCAGUAGGGAAAUCUAUGAGAUUUCCAUGCAGCUAAUGCAGAUUCUUGAGGUUAAGCUGUCUGUUUACUCUAAGAGGAUUGGGGAGCAGAAGGCCAGCAGUAUUCUGUACGGCACCCACCGGCCCCUUCCACCUCUCUACAGCGUCUCUCUAGCCCAGCUCUCCUGCCAGCUGGCUAGGAUGUACCCCGAGCUCACCCUGCCUCUGUUCUCAGAGGUGAGUCAGAGGUUCCCCACCACCCACCCCAAUGGCCGGCAGGUCAUGCUCACCUACCUCCUGCCCUGGCUCUCCAACAUAGAGCUGGUGGACCAGGGCCUGCUCUCCCCCCUCUCCCCUCUCUCCCCCCUCUCCACGCCCAGCAGCCCAGAGUACGAGGCCUCUCCGGGGGACGCUGGUCUGGGGGCCUCCCACCACCAGCUCAUGGGCAGCGGAUGGGGGUCCCUGCAGGCCACCUCCAUGGUCCUCAACAACCUCAUGUUCAUGACCGCCAAGUACGGAGACGACGUUCCCGGGCCGGAGAUGGAGAACGCCUGGAACUCCCUGGUCAACAACCAGCGCUGGGGCCAGAACCUGCGCACCGCGCUGCAGUUCCUCAUCAGUCUGUGUGGAGUCAGCAGCGACACCGCCCUGCUGCCCUACAUCAAGAAGGUGGUGGUCUACCUGUGUCGGGACAACACCAUCCAGACGAUGGAGGAGCUGCUGUUCGAGCUGCAGCAGACGGACCCCGUCAACCCGGUGGUCCAGCACUGUGACAGCCCCCCCUUCUACCGCUUCACCGCCACGGGCAAGCCCCCCCCUGGGGCUUCAGGCACCACAUCCAGCAACAACACGGUGGUGGCGGGCCAGGACGGCUUCGCCGACGCGGACGAGACCAAAGCGUCCAAGGAGAGCGAGGAGAGGCUCAGCCACAUCAAGCGCGCCCACAACCGCCUGGAGUCGCGCUACAGCAACAGCUCCGGGGGCUCCUACGACGAGGAGAAGAGCGACCCCCUGCCCCCCUACGCCGCAUGGCUGGUGUCGGUGGUGGAGACCAACCAGCCCCACCCUCUGCCCAUGCCUUCCAACGGAGGCUGCUGGGUCCCACUGGUGGACUUCCUGCCCGAGACCACCAUCCCCCCACGAGGACCCCUGCACAGGUGUAACAUCGCCGUGCUCUUCAUGACGGAGAUGGUGGUGGACCACAGCGUCAGAGCAGACUGGGCCAUCCACCUGCCCCUGCUGCUGCACGCCUUGUUCCUGGGCAUGGACCACUGCCGCCCAGAGGUGUUUGACCACAGCAAGCGUCUCCUGCUCCACCUGCUCAUCACCCUGUCCUGCAACAACAACUUCCAGGGCAUCGCCCCUGUGCUGCUGCAGAGCCGGGAGGUCAACGCCAGCAGAACCCUGACCAGCCCACCCAGCUUCCAGCCGGACGGCUCCGCCACAGGUGGAGGCUUCGACUUCCUGAGGGAGGGCCAGGGGUCUCCGGUCCCGGACUCGGGUCUGAACUCCUCCUCCACCUCCUCCAGCCUCAGCCUUGGGGGGAGCACCAGCAACCUGCCCGACAUGUCCCAGGAGGAGCUGGACUCCUCUGGCCAGCUGGACCACAAGACCAACAAGCUGAUCGAGUUCCUCACCACCAGAGCCUUCGGACCCCUGUGGUGCCACGAGGACAUCUCACCCAAGAACCAGAACUCCAAGAGCACCGAGCAGCUCACCAACUUCCUGCGCCACGUCAUCUCCGUGUUCAAGGACUCCAAGUCAGACGUCCACCUGGAGCAGCAGCUGAGCGAGGUGGCUCUGCAGACGGGUCUGAGCAGCUCCUCCCGCCACUACGCCAGCCGCUCCUUCCAGGUGUACCGGGCCCUCCGCCAGCCCCUCUCCGCCCACGCCGUGUCCGACCUGCUGUCCCGGCUGGUGGAGGUGGUGGGGGAGCACGGGGAGGAGGUGCAGGGCUACGUGCUGGAGGUCCUGCUGACUCUGGAGUCGGUGGUGGAUAACCUGGCCGAGUGUCUAAAGAACCAGGACCUCCUGGCCCUGCUGACCCGAGCGUCGUCUCCUGACUUCCUGGGCGGUGGCGUCGGCGGCGGGGGCGCGCGGUUGAUGUCGAACCGUAAGAGCACGGGCCAGCUGAACCCGCGGCGCCUCGACCGGAGCCGGCACCAGCGCAGCUCCUCGGUGCCCAAGAAGUUCGGCGAGGCGGACCGCUCGUGCUCGGACCCCCCCCGGAGCGCCACCAUGGACCGCCUGCAGGCCUGCUUCGCGCACGGCGGCGGCGGCGGCGGCGGCGGCCCGGCCAAGCCCGCCCACAGCCCGCUGUCCUCGUCGGCGGACAACCUCCACGACCCCUCCAACGCCAACCACCCCAGCAACCUGCUGGCCACCAUCUUCUGGGCGGGCGUGUCGCUCAUGGAGUCGGACUUUGAGUUCGAGUACCAGAUGUCCCUCCGGCUGCUGAGCAAGCUGCUGGCCCAGGUGUGCCUGGAGCAGCCGGAGAGCCGGGAGAAGCUGGAGAAGAUGCAGGAGCAGCUGAGGUGGAGCAGCUUCAGGGGGCUCCAGCAGCUGCUGCUGAAGGGCUUCACCUCGCCCUCCACCACCGAGCUCACCCUGCACAUCUUCUGCCAGCUCACGCCUGUGUGCCGUGUGCCCGUGGUGGACGCCUCCCAGACCAUAGGUUUCCCCCUGAACGUCCUCUGUCUGCUGCCGCACCUCGUCCAAAACUUUGACGGCCCCACGCUCUUCUGCCAAGACGCCGCCCAGAGGAUAGCACAGGUGUGUCUGGAGGAGAAGAACGCCAAGCUGUCCAACCUGGCGCACGUGAUGACCUUGUACAAGACCCACGCCUACACGCGGGACUGCUUCUCCUGGGUGAACGUGGUGUGCCGAUACCUCCACGAGGCCUUCCCGGACAUCACCCUCAGCAUGGUCACCUACAUGGCCGAGUUGCUGGAGAAGGGACUUCCCAGCAUGCAACAGACACUGCUGCACAUCAUCUACAGCCUGUUGAGUCACAUGGAUCUGGCUGGAAUCCAGGCCAAGCCGUUCAACAUGGAGGUGCUGAAGACAAUCGAGAAAUUUGUACAGACGUCCCAUUGGAGGGAGGCUCUGAACAUCCUGAAGCUGGUGGUGUCGCGCUCAGCCAGCCUGGUGCAGCCCUCCGGCCCCCCCAGCGAGCCCGGCCCCCUGGAGCCCCCCGGGGCCCGGCUAUGGGACCGCGCCUCCAAAGCCCUGCCUGGGAAGACCCUGCACUUCCACUUCGACAUCUCGGAGACGCCCGUCAUCGGGCGGCGCUGUGACGACCCCCGCGGGUCCCCGGGCUGCGACGGUAAGAGCCGGGCCCUGGCCGUGACCCGCAGCACCUCCUCCACCUCCUCAGGCUCCUCCUCCCAGCCCGUCCUGGUGCCCGUCAGCUGGAAGAGGCCUCAGUCCUCCCAGAAGAGAACUCGGGAGAAGCUGGUGGACGUGUUGUCCUUAUGUGGACAAGAAGUUGGACUCACCAAGAACCCUUCAGUGAUCUUCUCCAGCUGUGGGGAGCUGGACCUGAUGGAGCUGCAGCCCAGCUUGGUGUCCUCCUCUGAUGGCACCAGAGACCCGGACAACAUGGAGGACACCUGCUCCGAGCAGCAGUUCAGGGUGUUCCGGGACUUCGACUUCCUGGACGUGGAGCUGGAGGACGGAGAGGGGGAGAGCGUGGACAACUUCAACUGGGGGGUGCGGAGGCGCUCCAUGGACAGCCUGGAGCAGGGCGAGACCCCGGCCCUGGAGGAGAGCCUGCUGGCCGCCAGCCUGCCCAGCCUGGACCUGCUGGCCCGGGGGGACCGGGAGUCUGGAGACUCCUCCUCAGAGGAGGAGGACGACUCCCUCUCGGCCAGCCAGGGCCUGUCCCACUCUCAGCUGACAGUCCACCUCUCUCAGUCGGCCGAGAGUGCCAGCGGUGACUCUCUGAACGCCUCCUUCGACGCGUCUCCCCCUGCACCUCCUCCUCCGCUGUCCUCGGAGCCUGGGAGCCUCCCUGCUCCUCCUCUGGGCUCCAGGGGGCCCAGCCUGGAGGUGCAGACGGCCGGGGACCAGCCCAAGCCGCGGUCGACGGCGUUGUCGACGGCGUUGUCGACGGCGGACGAAGACGCAGGCGUCCACGAGGAGCGCUACUCCCUCUCCAUCGCCGACAUCCCCCUGGAGUACCUGGGCGGAGACGUGUUCUCCCUGGACCGGUCCCACCCGGACCACGCCGGGGGGGCGCUGGACCUGCGUGCCACGCCCAGCCAAUCCGAAGAGAGGAGGGACGACACGCUGCGGUCCAGCCGUUCCUCGCCGCCGCCCUCGCCGUUCUUCUCCGCCAUCUUGGCGGCGUUCCAGCCGACGGCGUGCGACGACGUGGAGGAGGCGUGGCGGCGGCACCUCAGCCAGCUGGUCGCCGACAGCGACGGCUCCUGCGCCGUCUACACCUUCCACCUGUUCUCCUCGCUCUUCCAGAAUAUUCAGAACAAGUUCUGCUCCCUCACCUGCGAGGCUGUGAGUUACCUUGGAGACGGACUCCGGGGCAUCGGAGCAAAAUUCUCCCGGUCUUCCAAGAUGCUGACGUCGUGCUCGGAAUGUCCAACGCUGUUCAUCGACGCGGACACUAUCAUGUCGUACGGUCUCCUUGAGAAGAUGAAGUUCAGCGUGCUUGAGGUCCAGGAGUAUCUGGACACCUACAACAACCGACGGGAUGCCACCAUUUCCUGGCUGAGCGACUGUAAGACUACAUUUCCCAGAGUCACCGAGGGCGUCUCCAUUAAUCACCAACCAGAGGACGAGAAGGACAAGCAACUAGAGCUCUGUCAACGGCUCUACAAACUCCACUUCCAACUCCUGCUGCUGUUUCAGUCGUACUGCAAGCUGAUUGGCCAGGUCCACACAAUCAGCUGUAUCCCUGAGCUGAGCAACAUUUCCUCCGAGCUGAACGACCUGGAGAGGGGGCUGAGGGGGGCGGCGGCCUCCGUGACCAGCGAGGCCCAGGACCCCCCGGACGGGUACGGCCCCGAGCCCACCUUCAGCUCCUCUGAGGAGGCCGUGCAGAGCGUCCUGGAGGGCCUGACCAACCAGCACUUCCCCUCCGCCCUGCGCACCAUCCGGGAGUGCAGGAAGGCGUGGCCGAGCGACAUCUUUGGCAGCGCGUCGGAGGACGAGGUGCAGACGCUGCUCAACAUGUUUUUCCGGCACCAGGCGCUGGGCCGGCCCGGGACCUUCGCCCUGGUGGGCUCCCUCCGGGACCUCACCCGGGUCUGCGGGGAGCUCACGGAGCUCAACGCCGAGAUCCGGGACCUGGUCCGCCGCACCCAGGGCUUCCGCGCCAUCGCCGCCUUCCUGCCGGACUCCAACGUAUGACCUUUGACCCCCGGGACGGUCCAGGGUUAGGGUCAGGGCUACGUGAGGUUGACGGCUCAGAGGACCACUGGACCCUCGUCCUGUCAGCUUCUUGCUCCGAUGUUCAAACGCUCCCAAACGUCAGGGUGUCGAGACGCUGUCUUUAUCUUUUGGGGGUCGGAUAUUGUUGUCGUUAUGCAUGAGACUAACACCGUCGUCUUCUGUUCGAGAUGUGGGGGAAACGUGAGACCCAACACGAUGCUGUGGCGUCAUGUGAUCCGAGGAUCGGGCUUCGUCUUCCGACUGGUUUAUUCGUGAGGUCAGAUAUCGGAAGCGGUUCGGGUCGUCCAGGGAGCAGCACUGGUUGGGCUCGUCGCCCCUGAGAGGCUUUACUCGUCACCGAGACGCUGAGGCUUUCAUUGCACUAAGAGUAGAUGAUGUCACAAGAUGGCCGCCACCCGCGGGGCCAUCGGAUGUUAACGUUUUUACAUUCUACGACGAUGUACCAAAGUUUUAAGUUAUUUUCUUUCAACGCUGUUGUUUUUACUUUGUCCAGGGACACGUGCAAUGCUUUUAGAAAAAAAGACCUAUAUUGUAUCAUUAAGAAAACAGUUUGUUGUUGUUGUUUCAGGGCUCUGCGCUUACAUGAGAGUAGUAGGAAUAGAGUUGUGAUGUCAUUUCAAAGUGUGUGCGUGUGUGUGUGUAAGUAUGUGUGAACGUGUAUGUGUGUGCGUGUGGGUCUCCAAUGCUGAUCACAGAACAAUGUACAUACUGUAUCUCACAGCGUUGACAUGCUGCAUCGUCUACUGUACGUCUCACCAACUGAUUCCUUCUACUUCAACCAUAGAAUAAUGUUACCAUGAUAUUGAUGACAUCAUCACACAUAACGGCUCCUUCCUGCUUGGUGGCUGCCAGCACAUAUUAUGAAAGGAUUUUUAAACAUAAAUUGCAUUAAUGUACCUGCUUUCCCCUUCCAGAGCUAGUUUUAUAGAAGAGUGUAGUUCCAUCUGGGAAAUAACAUGCCAAGCGUGAAGAAUUGUAUGUACUAUAAGAUGGCAAUAGUAAUAUUUAUAAACGUUUAAACUAUAAAAUAUAAACUAUUUUGACUGAAACUAAAUGUACAUAUUGCGAUGAGGGCUGGCUCAGGCUUACAAGAAGAUUGUAUUUUUAUGCGUUUAUUUGCUUAGUGAAGGACACCGUGUUUGUACAGCUUUGAUAUGGAUUAUCGCCCCGGCUUUUCAUCAUGUAAAUACUGUACUUCUGCCUCUACUGCGAUGUGUUGUGUUCUCUACACCUCUGUAACAAUAAAGAGUAAAGACUAGAUUU